UAAAGCAAAUAGCAACAUAAAAGACACUGAAGGAGAUCCUCGAACGGAAUCAUUUACUGUAGCCGAUUGGUUGAAAUGUCCAUGAGCUUAAUAGUAUAUAUUUGUUUUACCAAUACUACGGGAAAGAAUGAUCAAAUAUCUCUUGAUUAUUUAUCUAUGGACGCCAGUUGUCUCACAUGGGUCCAGUGUAGGAUGUCCUGAAGGAGUUCAUUUUAACUCUGUGAACCUGAGGAACAUUGCAAAGUGGCAUCCUGGGAAAGACACACCAAAUGACACACAUUACACAGUGGAGUAUGCAAUUUAUGGUGACAGAAUGGAUAGUGGGGCGACACAGGUGCGCUGGAGGGUGAAGAACCAGUGCAGAGACAUCCCUCAGACCCUGUGUGAUCUAUCCAAUGAGACCACUGACCUGGAUGAAGGCUACUUUGCCAGAGUCAAGGCUGUGGGCACAAACCUAUCCUCCAAAUGGGCAUUCACGGAAAAGAGGUUUGACCCCAAAGCUGACACAACCUUUGGACCUCCACUUGUAAAACUUGUGGUGAAGGAGAAUAGUGUUACUGUCAAGCUGAAGGGUCCAAUGAGAUGGAAGACUGGAAACAUGACAAAAGAGUACUCCUUGUUGAAAAUAUACCCUCAGAUGAUAUACAACCUCUCUGUGUACGACAACAGAAGCAACAAAACGCAUCACUUCACUGUGGAAAACAGAUCCUUUGAAUAUGGGUUGCUUGCCUAUGAAACCCAGUAUUGUUUCUCUGCUAAUUCCCAGGUCCUGUCACUUCCUAUACCUUGGCAUGCCUCUGACUGGCAGUGCCUAACAACCCCAAAGGAUCCCUUCUACAAUCAGCUGCUACUGAUGCUGAUGGGAGCCGUUGUACCAUCAGUUAUCUGCCUUUUCAUGCUGAUCCUGGCCGGAUGCCUUUUCUACCACUUUGUCUGUGGUAAUAAACAGAAAAGUCCCCCUUUCCUGGAAAUAUUGGACCUUCAGAACUCACCGCAGACUUUCUGUCCUGAGCAUACUGUGACAGUGAAUGUGGUACUGGUCAACAUUGCCAAGCCCAUGGAGUUGAUAACCAUAAAGCCUAACAACAUCCCUGCCCUGAUCCACCAAACAGAGUGGGAGCUCGAACUACCCUACACUUCCCAGCAAGCCCCUGGCAUAGAACCUCCAAAGGAGGGCUCAUGCGAAGAUGAAUUCGGUGAGGCCCAACCAGAGCCUCUAGACUAUGGCUUCGUUGGAGCGGCCCCAGAGAUGCCGGAAGUAAGAGAAAGUGAGGCAUCUGACAUUGAGAAAACCCGGCCCCUGCGUCUCAGCCAGGUCAACCCGUACAUAGCACAGAGAUGUGCACCAGGUUCACAGGAGCCUGUGGAGAAUGUUUUGACUGGGAUGUGUUUAGACAUGGACCUCAAGACAGGGCUCUUUAGAAUGCAACUGCUGUCUGAUAUAAAGCUGGGGGUGGAGAGCACAAGUUACAAAGAGCCUGAUCAGAUGGGUCCCUACGCACCACAGCACGUCUCUGUCAGAGAGACCACUGAGGUGGACCUGUGGGGAGACAAAGCAGAAGAGCCCCAAAAUUACCCCUCAGACUACGGCUUCGUGGGAGCAGUCCCAAAGCAGCAGAUGGUGCCAACAAAGUACCAGACGCGGUCUAACAGGACGGAUAAUCAGCCCCUGCUGCUAGCCCAGGUCAACCUGUACAGAAGCCAGAGGCAAGCUCUGUUUCCACAGGAGUCUGAGGAAGAGGAUGGAUUAGGUGGUGGUAACUGUGUUGACUGGAGCCCUACAACAGGGAUCCUCCAGAUGCCUUUGCUCUCCAAGCCUAUUCCAGAAGUGGAGGGAGCGAGGAAGGACAGUGAGUCAGAGCAGUUGGAGAUCUUAUCCAGUGUGUUAGUGAGGCAAUCCUCAGAGGAGAGUGAGGGUGAGAGUGACCUGACUAAACUACAGAAUGUCUGGAGUCUACAGAUCAACAUGGAGGACUAACCUAUUAGACAGUUAACCUAUUGGACACACAUUAUUACAGCAAAAAAGUUUGUUUACUGUAUGUGGAAGAAUAAUUCAGAUUGCUGUUUGUACCAUUUGAUUCAGUUGCCAAAUCAAAUGAAGGACAUCUUUUUAACUAAUCCAAAAUGCUUGGUAAAUGCUUCAGCAAUGUCAUUGUAACUAAUUUAUUUUUGAGGAUUUGUUUACUUUGUACCUUUUAUCCAUACUUUUCUACUAACUUAUCACAAUUGAUGUAUUGCCAGAUAGCUUUUUUUUACAAUUUAAUUCAACGUUUAUAUGAAGGCACAUGCAAUGCCACUUUACCUCAUGAUGAUUAACAAGCAGGGGGAGUGUUGCUGUAAAGGUUUAUAACCACACACUAAACUAUGAAGACAAUGCAAAUAAAGGAUAUAUACAGUACCCGUCAAACUUUUGGGCACACCUACUCAUUCAAGGGUUUUUCUUUAUUUUGACAAUUUUCUAUAUUGUAGAAAAACAGUGAAGACAUCAAAACUAUGCAAUAACACAUAGGGAAUCUUGUAGUAACCAAAAAAUUGUUAAUCAAGAUAUAUUUUAGAUUCUUCAAAGUAGCCACCCUUUGCCUUGAUGACAGCUUUGCAUUCUCUCAACCAGCUUCACCUGGAAUGCUUUUCCAACAGUCUUGAAGGAGUUCCCACAUAUGCUGAGCACUUGUUGGCUGCUUUUCCUUAACUCUGCAGUCCAACUCAUCCCAAACUAUCUCAAUUGGGUUGAGGUUGGGUGAUUGUGGAGGCCAGGUCAUCUGAUGCAGCACUCCAUCACUCUCCUUGUUCAAAUAGCCCUUUCACAGCCUGGAGGUGUGUUUUGGGUCAUUGUCCUGUUGAAAAACAAAUGAUAGUCCCACUAAGCACAAACCAGAUGGGAUGGCCUAUUGCGGCAGAAUGCUGUGGUAGCUAUGCUGGUUAAGUGUGCCUUGAAUUCUAAAUAAAUCACAGACAGUGUCACCAGAAAAGCUCCAUCACACCCCCUCCUCCAUACUUCAUGGUGGGAACCACAAGUGCGGAGAUAAUUCGUUCACCGACUCCCAAAAACACGGUACCAAAAAUCAAGAAUUUGGAGUCAUCAGAAUAAAGUACAGAUUUCCACCACUCUAAUUUCCAAUGCUCCUGUUUCUUGGCCCAAGCAGGUCUAUACUUCUUAUUGGUGCCCUUUAGUAGUGGUUUCUUUGCAGCAAUUUGACCAUGAAGACCUGAUUCCCACAGUCUCCACUGAACAGUUGAUGUGGAGAUGUGUCUGUUACUUGAACUCUGUGAAGCAUUUAUUUGGGCUGCAAUUUCUGAGGCUGGUAACUCUAAUGAACUUAUUCUCUACAGCAGAAGUAACUCUGGGUCUUCCUUUCCUGUGGUGGUCCUCAUGAGAGCCAAUUUCAUUAUAGCGCUUGAUGGUUUUUGCGACUGCACUUGAAGAAAUGUUCAAAGUUCUUGACAUUUUCCACAAUGACUGACCUUCAUUUCUUAAAGUAAUAAUGGAAUGUCAUUUCUCUUUGCUUAUUUGAGCUGUUCUUGCCAUAAUAUUGACUUGUUUUUUACCCAAUAAGGCUAUCUUCUGUAUACCACCCAUACCUUGUCACAACACAACUGAUUGGCUCAAACGCAUUAAGAAGGAAAUAUGUUACACUAAUUUAAUUUUAACAAGGCACACCUGUUAAUUGAAAUGUAAGUGACUGCCUCAUGAAGCUGGUUGAGAGAAUGCCAAGAGUGUGCAAAGCUGUUAUCAAGGCAAAUGGUGGCUAUUAUGAAGCGUCUGAAAUAUAGAAUAUGUAUUGAUUUGUUUAACACUUUUUUGGUUACUACAUGAUUCCAUAUGUGUUAUUACAUAGUUUUGAUGUCUUCAAUAUUAUUCUACAAGGUAGAAAAUAGUAAAAUAAAGAAAAACCCUUGAAUGAAUAGGGGUGUCCAAACUUUUGACUGGUACUGUAUGUCUGUUAUUUCCUUAAACACUUUACACGUUGAUGUCAUUGGUGCCUUGUAUUAUACUUAGCACAUUGAGGCAAUAUUGACUUUACAAUGUUACCUGACUUUUAAAAGCACCAAUGACCAAAAGCAUGUUUAUUCACUUUUUUCUGCUUCAUAUUUUGGUGGGAAUGCGAGUGUGACUGUGUGUGCUUGCGUGCGUGUGUGAACUGGUUAACUGUUAACAGUUGACUUUCACAUGGACUGUGGAUAUUUAUUCUCAUGAUCACCUCUUUGAAGAAGUCUACCAUUUAGAACAUGAACUGAGGGACCUUUUGUUUUGCUUGUUUCAAAAAGCCACAUUAAAAAGGAAGUGAGUCAUUUAUGUCAUGAAAAGGCAUCUACAAAGGUUAAAAAAAUAUCUGCCUGUGUUUGACAUUUAACAUCAUUCCUUAAAAACAGAUUUGUCUUUAUACUGCAGAAUGUGAGCUUUAUUGUAGUCUCUUUAAAGGACAGAACCAGUCUGUUCCAGAUAAAUGAUUGUACACCCUGAUAACUCCUGCUUCCAUCUGCAGGCUUGUUAGUGGUUAAUUAUAAAAUUAUCAUAUAACAACAUAUAAUAUUACAUUGUGUAGGGCAUCACCCACACUACUAGUCAUGAUUCAAUGCUGAAAACGACCGUCCGUGUGGCAUAAAACUGUUUGGUAAUAACAGUCCAUGCUCUGACCAAUACCUGAGGAGGUGACGAAGCUGUCUAUGGAAUCUCCAUGUAUUCUAAUCUUCACUGAGUAGGGAGGGCGUGAGGAAAUAGACUUAAGAAUACAUUGUGGUUAUGAAAUAUCUUGUCAUCUGUUCUUAAGAAUAAAAGAUGCAGUUACUAUAGAUUUGGAACAUGGUGUAAAUCAACUGUGUGCUUUUAUCUGUGUGUUCAAACAAGGGUUUACAACCAUUAUAUGAGAAGACCAGUGACUUUUACACCAUACAGCACUGAGUGUGCACAAAAGCAAUGCAAUUGUUGUUCUUAAUUAAGAAAUCAACAGUGAUGUAGGCCUACAAUAUAUUGUAAAGUACUCCAGGGGGGGCUGC